UCUGAAAGAGGAUCACAAUUCACUUGACUGUUCUUCACCAGAUAAGGAACCGUUUCUGUUCUUUGUAAACUUUGUCGAUCUACAUGUGAGCAAACCAAAUAUCCAUGUUGAAUGACAUUGGACAAAUAUAUACAUUGAAUUGAAUUGAAUUACAUGCUUGGACUGACUUUGGAUAAAACUACAAAAUGACAGAGGUGGGCCAGAGGAAGGGUUCGUCCCCCUGUAAGGGAGGUGAACGGUCUCUUGUGGACGCUUUAUCGGACUACCCUGGGGAGUUGGUGAAGACAGAGAGCCCUAACUUCAUCUGCUCUCUCCUCCCACCCCACUGGAGAAGUAAUAAGAGUUUGCCCGUGGCUUUUAAAGUGGUUUCACUUGGUGAGACAAAAGACGGAACGGUUGUGACAAUUGGAGCAGGGAAUGACGAAAACUGCUGCGCCGAAUUGAAAAAUAACAUAGCAGUCAUGAAGAAUCAAGUUGCUCGUUUUAAUGACUUGCGUUUUGUUGGCAAAUCAGGCCGUGGUAAAAGCUUCACGCUGUCCAUAUUCGUUUACACCAACCCACCUCAGAUUGCUACCUGCAACCGUGCUAUCAAAGUUACUGUGGAUGGGCCUAGACCAAGACGACCAAAGUCAAAGCAUGAUGAUCCUCUGUGCUUCUCAUCGAUCAUUGACACAGGCCACGCCCAUUCUUAUGGGUUGGUCAUCUCUCACCAUGACAACCAGAUUGGAAGACAGCAGCCGUUUGUGAACCAGGGGUGGAUGCCUGGAUCUUAUCCCCUCACUUCAACUUCUUGUGAUAACCAGCCUGAAUUUCAUACAAAUCAUUAUACAUCAUCGGUUCAACAGUCAACAGGCAACCCCAUCCUUCCCCCACAGAUAAAGACGGAACCUCCGGAGCUGGACUUGGUCGCUGUUCAGCAGAAUCAAUCCCAGUUCAUCUACCCGACGCAACCAGGAGACACACCCUUCUAUCCGUCACAAUCUAGCUCCAUGUCCAGAGUGUCACCUGGGGAAGAUCCACAGCAGCGUACCAUCUUGCCGAUGACCCCAAACCAACUCCCCUUGCCAUCACAGCCUGCUCAGGAUGUCUUCUCUAGCUCCACCGCUAUUCCAAUGACGCCAUCAGCUAAUAACCCGAUUUACCCCCACCUGUACAUGUCUACUCCUUCAUCUCAGACGCACUAUGGUAGUGGCUCUAUGCUCCCAUCGAGAAGACCAGAGGAAAAGCGAGAAUUGGAGGAUAAGGAAGACACUAGUCAUGGCAUCUCCGUGGAAAUCAUCACGAAUCUUCCUCAUCCCUAUCCUGAUAUGUCUCUAAGUUACGGAGGCCAUCCGCAAAACCAGAUCGAACUGGAUAGAGAGAGAACCACUGGCAUUCAGAGCGUUGGAAUGGAGCUCAUGCAGCAGCAACAUCAAGGCAACACUAAUAUUGCACCAAUGCAACAAUCUGUCCUAGGACAUUUGCCACUUUUGGCUGAUUCGAGAAAAGAGGAAUUUUGGCGGCCAUAUUGAACUUUCAAGAAACUCUUGAGACUAUUUCCGAAAUGAUAACCUUAAAAUCUAUAUCCUUGUAUAGGUGUUGAGGUCUAGUGGAUACGUCGCUGGACUGUGAAUCACAUCACAUGUUUUGC